AUGCCUAAUUUCGACUACUUUAGUUUAUAUUGGCAUGAUUAUGGAGUUGAUGGUAGAGGUCAACCUAAGCUAUGGGAUAUAGGAGCUGUGGAUUUUUAUAGUUUAGAUAAGAUCUCUAGGAUAGAAAUAGAUUCAAUGCCUAGAGAGUUAGGAAUGAAUCCUGAAACAAAGCUUAUUAUGUGGAAGGAUCCUACAAAGAGUAUGAGUGAUGUGUUAAGAAGCCUUGAAAAUGAUAGGGAUGCUUUAGAAAUGGCAAUGGAUGUAGAGGGUUCUAAACUAAUGCAUAUAUUUAGUAGGGAUAAGUUUGAAGCUGGGGAAGAAGCUGGGGAAGAAGAUGGGCCAGAAGUUGGGGAAGAAGCUAGGGAUGAGGCUGUGAAAAAUAUGGAUGAUGACAGCUGUAAGGAUAGUGAGAAUAGUGAUGCAGAUUCAAAGGACAAUGAGUUUGUGGAAUCUGAUUAUGACCUUAGGGAUGAAGAUGUUGAUGAUGAUGCCAUGUUUGAUGAGUUUGUUGAUAAGGAGCUUCAGAGGGACAGACCAUCUGAUUCUAGAAGUGCUAGGCAACCUGCUGAAGAGUUGUCUAAAGAAAUAGAUGUCACAGUAUAUGGUCCAUCAGAUGAGCUGUUGUCAUGCUCCUCAUCUGAAGACAGUGACGCAGAUUCAAGAAAGCAAAGAUGGCAUGUGUUUAAUGAGGAGAUUGACAUGGCAAAUCCCAGCUUCAAGAUUGGAAUGCUCUUCAAUUCCUUCAAACAAUUCAAGGAUUUUGUUAAGAGCUCAUUAAUCAAAAAUAGAAACCAGAUUAUAUUUGGGCCAAAUGCAAGGCUAAAUGCAAGAACAAAUGCUAGUUUUUCAUUUGGGCUUACUUGCUGA